AUGGCGACCGCCACUCGAAACAGAAAAGCUAAGCAACAUUUCGAUCCAUCUAAAUCGGCCGAAAUUCCCUUUCGUCUCGAGCGACUAGAUAAGUUGAUGGAGGAGCUCGAACAUGUUGAAACUGAGUUAGGCGCUCUUCGCUGCGGUGACCCCAUUUUUUCGGACUCGCAGGCGGAAUUUCAGACUCUAUAUUUUCGCUUAAAGGGUUCUUUAUCGAGCAAACGAUGCGCGCCGCCUAAAAUGUUACCCCCUACUGCCGUAAAUGAUGCGUCGAACUUGUCAUCUGGUGUGCGUCUCCCAGAAUUGAAACUUCCGGAAUUCAAUGGGAACCCGGAAGAUUGGGCUGGAUUCCAUGAUUUAUUUAAAGCAAUGAUACACGAUAACGCUUCGCUGUCGAAUAUUCAAAAACUGCAUUACCUUCGAGCUUGUUUAAAAGGGGAUGCAGCCCGCAUUGUUUGUUCACUUCCAAUUGCUUCAACCAGCUACACUGUCGCUUGGAAGAUGAUAGUCGAUCGAUUCGAGGAUAAAAACUUGCUGAUAAAGCAACAUAUCUCUGCUUUAUUCUCAAUCACACCCAUCCGGAAGGAAUCAGCUAGUGAUCUAUCGGACCUGGCUGACGAGUUCGAGAAGCACGUUAAGAUUCUGGAUUCAUUAGAGACAAAAGCACAGCAUUGGGAUUCUGUGUUGGUAGAGCUUCUUUUCAGUCGGAUGGACACCAACGCACAGAAAUUGUGGGAAAACCAGCGGGAUAAAACAAAACGCCCUUCUUACGAAGAUCUGGUACUAUUUAUACACGAACAUUCGCGGACUCUACAGUCGCUCAAGCUCUCCCAAAAUGUUAUUUCCUUUGCGGAGACCAAGCCUCCGAAGCCACACGCGGUGGCCAAUCAUUAUGCCUCAGAGCAGGUGCAGAGAUGUGCAGCAUGUAAACAAACUCACUAUCUUUUUCAGUGCGAGUUUUUCCGUUCACAAACUCCGCAUCAACGUUUCGAAUUAGUCAAACGUAAUAAUUUAUGUAUCAACUGCCUGAAGGCUACACACCAUGGAAAAAACUGCACCAGCGGUUCAUGCAAAUAUUGCCAGAGGAAGCAUCACACCCUGCUUCAUCUCCCUCCAUCUCCUACAUUGCUUGCAACGGAAGCUCCACCACACAUGCAACCUGCAACAGUCACGAUGCUUCACCAGCAAUCGCGGUUUGAAAACCAAAUGUCGCAUCCUCCGCCCGUUACGCAAAUAAGUGACUCCGUUGGCACUUCGGUCGGUCGUUCGGUUUCGUUGUCGUCGCCGUCGGUACUUGCGCCCUUUCCCGCACCGUCCGGUACAGUCGCACCUCCCUUCACAAGCUGUCAAACAGUCACACCUCUUCCAAUGAGUGAUCAUACGGUAUUACUAUUCACCGCUCUCGUCAAAGUUCGUGACAAUCUCGGACAAACCCAACUCGCUCGUGUUCUUUUGGACAGUGGAUCACAGUCCAAUUUUAUUUCCGAAUCAUUAUGUCAACGCCUUGCGUUAAAUCGCAGAAAGGUCAAUGUGCCAGUGAGCGGAAUUGGCCAAGCCAUUGUGAACGUGCGUUAUACAGUGUCAGUGCAAUUUACUUCCCAUUUUGGAUCAGACGAAUACUGUUUAGAAUGCUUAGUGCUUCCAAAACUGACUGUCAGUCUACCAACAAGGACAUUAGACAUUAGUGCAUGGAAGCUCCCUGUACAUCUACCAUUGGCGGAUCCACAAUUCAAUGUGAGCCACGGCAUUGAUCUCAUCGUUGGAGCUGAGCUGUUUUCAAUGAUCUUGCAAGCAGAGCAAAUCGCAUUCGACGACCAACUUCCAGUUCUACAGAAAACCAGCUUAGGAUACAUCAUAGCUGGAAAGAUUCACACGAAUACACAUUCGCCAGUCACGUGCCUUGUGUCUACUUUUGAAGAUCUGGACGCUCAAGUUAGGAAAUUUUGGGAAGUGGAGAAUUUUGAGCACGGCAAAGCUUACACCACUGAUGAACAGCAAUGCGAAACUCAUUUCGUGCGUACCCACAGCCGGAACGAUGAAGGACGAUACGUGGUCCGUCUACCCACUCGCCAAGAAAUGCUCCCGCUCAUCGGAGAAACGUGGCCAACGGCCGCUCGAAGGUUCACUGCGGUGGAGAAACGAUUCAGAGGCGACACUGCUCUUCGUUUUACCUACGUCCAAUUCAUGGAAGAAUAUAAACAGCUUGGCCACAUGGAUGAGGUGCAGACUCGCGUCGCGUUGCCCCAGUUCUUCUUGCCCCAUCACGCAAUCUCUCGUCCCGAGUCGUCAACUACCAAAGUCAGAGUUGUGUUCGAUGGAUCUUGCAAGAGCAGCAACCAUCUUUCGUUGAAUGACCUUCUGCUCACAGGUCCCACAGUGCAACCCACCUUAUUAUCCAUCGUUCUCAAUUUUCGACUGCAUCGGUAUGUGAUGAUAGCAGAUAUCGAAAAAAUGUACCGACAGAUCCUUGUACACCCUGAUGAUAGGCCACUUCAGCAAAUCCUCUGGCGCCAACACGAAUGGGAGCAAAUUAAACCGUAUCUUCUGAAUACCGUCACGUACGGCACCUCUUCUGCACCAUUCCUUGCUACCAGGACUCUGAACCAGCUUGCAGAAGACGACGGCAAGAACUUUCCGCUGGCGGCUCUUGUCGUUAAACAAGGGUUCUAUGUUGACGAUUUACUGACGGGAUCCGACAAUUUAGAAACUCUGGUAGAAACAGGACAUCAGUUGGUCAAUCUACUCAACCGAGGCGGUUUCUUCCUCAGAAAGUGGAGCGCAAACCACCCAACCAUUCUGGAACGCAUCCCAGAGAAAGAUCGUGAAACAUUGACUGUAGUGGAACUUGACCAGUCUCCUUCAAUUAAAACACUUGGCCUUCUAUGGUUUCCAACAGAGGAUCUGUUCGGUUUCAAGGUUCCACAGCUGCCACCCCUCGAACGUGUGACAAAACGCAUUGCUCUUUCUGAAAUGUCUCAGCUUUUUGAUCCUUUGGGUCUCGUGGGACCAGUAGUAGCCAGCGCUAAAAUAUUUGUACAACAGUUAUGGCAAGAGAAUUUGCGUUGGGACGACGAACUUCCAGAACAACUGCAGUCAUGGUGGCUGUCCUUUCGAGCAUCAAUCGACGUCCUAAGAAGUCUCCGUGUACCUAGAUGGGUUAUGGGUUCAUCAACUACCAACUAUGAACUGCAUUGCUUCACUGAUGCUUCUGAAAGGGGAUAUGGAUGCUGUAUUUAUAUCGUGUCUACUGAUGGCAAAUCCAAGUCCAGCCACCUACUUAUCGCCAAGUCUCGAGUCGCACCAGCAGGUGGUCUCAGUAUUCCACGUUUGGAACUUUGUGCUGCGAUUCUGGGAAGUCAAUUAGCCGAAGCCGUUCUACAAACAACCAAUUUCUCUGGAAGAGUGACGUUCUGGACUGAUUCUACUAUCGUCCUUCAUUGGAUCACAUCACCUCCAUCUACUUGGAAGGUGUUCGUGUCAAACCGCAUCGCAGAAAUCCAACGCCUCACUGAAGGCUGUCAGUGGCGGCACGUCCGCACCACUGACAAUCCAGCAGAUCGCAUAUCACGUGGAGAAGAACCCCUCCAGCUGCUUCAAGACAAUCUUUGGUGGAAUGGGCCACAUUUCCUGUUGGUGGCACCGGAAGAUUGGCCAGACUCGAUUAUCGUAUUGUCACCAUCUAUGGUCAAAGAGCAAUCGAUUGAACGCAAACCAACAGUCGCACUUCACGCGUAUGUUCCUGAUUGUUCCUUUCUUAACACUUUUUCGGAACUUGCCCCUCUUCUCAGGGUCACAGCAUACUGCCAGCGAUUCGCAACUAACUGCAGAUCACCAAAAUCGAAACGCAACACAGAAUUGCUAACGACACAAGAAUAUGAUAAUGCACUGAAAACCCUUGUUCGCCUUUCUCAGCAGGCAGUAUUUCAAGCGGAACUCCAAUAUAUGCAGGACAAAGGAAAAGGUUCGCUUGAGGGAUUUCAGUUAAAAUCGUCAAUCAAGGACCUCAACCCAAGUCUAGAUUCUGGCCUGCUACGAGUGCAGGGCCGUAUUUCCAGAUCGCCAGGAACAUACGACAGCCGUUUCCCAAUGAUAUUGCCGGCAAAUCAUCAUCUCUCUAAGUUGAUCGCUAAAUCGAUGCAUCACCAAACGCUCCAUUCGGGACCAACGCAGCUCCUCGCCAUCAUCAAGCAGCGCUUCUGGCCAGUUCGUGGUAGGGAUCUUGCUCGAAGGACAGUCCGCCAGUGCGUGACAUGCUUCCGCUGCCGUCCAAAAACAAGCGACCAGUACAUGGCACCACUACCUCCAGUUCGCAUUACAACUGCAAAAGUGUUCGAGCAUACGGGGCUGGACUACUGUGGGCCGUUUCUCGUUCGACAACUCGCGGGAAGAGGCGCUUCGGUAAAAGUCUGGGUCGCAGUGUACGUCUGUUUCGUCGUAAAGGCCGUGGUGCUAGACAUCGUCGCCGGGUUGUCAGCAGCCGCGUGUGUCAGUUCGUUAAGACGCUUCGUCAGCCGCGUCGGUCGUGUUCGUGUUAUACACUGCGAUAACAGCACCUCGUUCGUCGGCGCGAAUCGCGAAAUCAAGGAGAUGCGACAACAGUUCUUCGGACAAUUCAAGUCCAGCAAAUGGGUCAACGAAUGCCUAGACAGAGGCAUCGAGUUCCAGUUCAUUCCUCCACGAGCACCACACUUUGGCGGGCUAUGGGAGGCAGCGGUUAAAUCUUUUAAAUAUCACCUCGUCCGCAUCAUGGGAUCUGCACCGUACCACUUCGACGAUCUGCGCACGGCCGUUGCUCAGGCUGAAGGAGACUCAGCGAGCUAUCAACGAUCUCUGGAAGCGUUGGUCGAAAGAGUAUAUUAG